AAUGUUUCAUUCAGAGGUGAUUGCUGCGCGGUUUCUGUCUUUUGAUCAGAUGUACAGUUAUGAGAGGCGCCUGCAGACAUUUUCUGAAUGGCCUUUUCGAGAAGAUUGCCAGUGCACACCUGAGCUGAUGGCCAAGGCAGGUUUUGUUCACUGCCCUAGUGAGAACGAGCCGGAUGUAGCCUGCUGUUUCUUCUGCCUCCGAGAACUGGAGGGCUGGGAGCCUGAUGACAACCCUUGGUCUGAGCAUGCUAAACGCUCCCCCAAUUGUGGCUUUCUUCACCUGAAAAAGACAUUUGAAGAGCUCACUGCUAUUGAGUUUUUCCACCUGGAACUCGAGAGGCUUCGUAUCUACAUUAGGAAGAUGGCUCACAUGAAGAUUGCCCACUUUCGUGAUGAGGUAGAGGCCAUCAGCAAAAAUCUCAGAAGUCUCAUUUGAUAUCCAG